AUGAAAAUCAAUUCCAAAUUCAAAUUCAAAUUCUCGUUUCUUCUGCUCUCUCAGUUGAUUUCCAAUCUCUUAUUUUUAACCCAGAUUCAUGCUCAAAUAGUUAUUAAAGAUUCUAUAAUUCAUGAUUUAUUACCAAAGCAAAAAGUUUCGCCUCAAUCAAUUCAUUCCAAAUUACACGCAGAUUUUUAUAGUAAUAAUGAAGUUGGUUCAAUUUUAAAAACUGAAUUAAAUUCAAUUAUGUUAACUAGUCCAAUAAUCGCUAACAACUAUACAUCAUUGAACGAUUAUAAAGAUGAUAUGAUGAUUCUUUCGAGAAAACUAUUAAGUGAUGAUAAGUUGAUGAAAAAAGUUGGUUUUGAUUAUUUGGUUAAAACGAGUAAAAAAUUUCAAUUUUCAAGUAAUGAGUUUUUAACAUCAAUUUGUGUCCCAGAAAAUUCUACCACAUUAUUUUUAUUCAAUAGUACUGAGACUUUGAAAAAACCUCAAAAAGAUUCUGAAAAAUUACAAUAUGUUAAGUUUAUCCAAGAAUCAAUACCAUUUAAGUUACCAAACCAUUUCAAAUUGGUGGACUACUAUUUAAUUUUGCCAUAUAAUUACUUGAAUUCUAAUUCACACUAUGAUGUCCCUUAUAUCAACCAAAAGUGCCUUGCAGCUAAGAAUAUUAUUAAUUUGCCAAAAGAAAAUCUCCCUAUUUUUAAAAAAGCAUUAAUAAAUGAUCAGCCAUUACUUGUUUUUAUGUUCAAAAGUGAUGAAGCUGAAAAUUUAGGAAAAUUAUCAUUGAAAUUUGAAAAACAAAUUAAUGGCACAGAUAAACAAAGAAAUGAUCUAUUGAUUAAUAAAGGGAAUAAAGACAAUGGUCAUGGAAUAAUUAAUAAUGUUGAAAAUGUUAAUACUGAUUCCAAGUCAAAUUCUGAAUCGGAUUCAUUUUUUGAUAGAUUUGCAACAUCUUGGCUUGAAUCAAUAAAUUAUUCCAGCCUUGUUCAUAGCAUAUUUUGUACAAUUAAUGUUGUAUCUCCAAAUCAAAGUUAUUGUCUAAAAAUCAAAGAAGAUGAUAUUAAAUUAUCAAUUUUUCCUGCGUACUACCAAAUUGUUAAUCAAUCAUAUAUUCAUAAGCCUGAUAUUAAGAAACAUUUUAAGAAGCUUAAAAAAUAUAAUCAUGAAAAAAAAGAUUUUGUUAAAAGUGAAAAUUUUAAUGAAUCAAAUGAUCAUGAAACUGAGUUGAAGCCAAGUAUACUUAAAUAUAUUCCAAAAAUUGAUCCUGCUUUAUUUGCAGGAAAGUUUUUGAAAACCAAAAUAGCUGAAGAGAAUUUUAGUCAAAAUAAUGGCGAAUCUAAAGAAAUUGAGGAAAACUUAAGAGAAAAAAUAAAAAGCUCAGACGAAGUUGAAAUUGAAGUUAAAGAAAUUUCAUCAGUAAAUCAUGAAAAAAAUCAGUUGGAAAAAAGAGGAAUUUUUGGAAAGUUGCAUAAAAAGUUUUGUGAAGGUAAAGAUUGUAAGGAAAAUCAUAAAAGAAAAAAGCACAACGAUUGUGAAAAUCAUCAUUAUAAUGAUUACUAUAAUGACUAUGAUGAUGAUAUUCCAAAAGGGGGGUAUUAUUAUUAUUAUAGCCUUGGGGAUUUAAACAAUAUAAGCAACCUCUACAAACAUAAACAUGGCCACAACCAUAACCGUAUUUUAGAUAAUAAUGAGACAGACAAUUUCAAAGAUUCGAAAAGCCCAAAUAGUUCAAUUCCAAUUGUCAAGCGUGGGAUAGAAAAGAAAAAAUUCAAAAAAGGCAGCAUAAUUGACAAUAAUAAUACAAGCUCAAAUAAAUCACCACAAAAUAAAAUAGAAUCAAAGUACAAUUUAUCUUCAAAUUUGAAAUUACAUCAUGGAUUUUUUGGAACCAAAAAAAAGAGCAAUAAAACCAGCAGCAGUUUUUCAAAGAAAAAAUCGCUCAAUAGAAUAAUACAAAUGGCCAACCACAUUAAAACUGUUAAAGCCCAAAACAUAAACCAAAACAACAGCAGUGAAUCUAAGGAUAUGGGUGUGAAAACAAACCAAAGCAGUGAAGAGAUUGAGAUAAGAAGUGACGGAACCAUAAUUAUUUCAUUGGCAUUGUUGAAGAACAGUGAGUUAAAAAUGGAUGCCUUUUUGGAAGAAGCUCCAGAAGACCUGAUCACCAACUCGUCUGCGGCCAAAAACCCACAAUACAGAAGAGCACUUUUGGGUAGUAGAGACAUCAAAGUAGCACCAAAAAAGGAAAGCAUUAAUGAAAAUAAAAAGGACUGUGAGCCCAUAACAUGGCAGGGGCUCUUUCGCUACAGCAUCUUCAGAAAACCCAAGAUCUGCUUGCCAGAUUCAACGUUCGUCAAAGUCAUCUAA